GACGUUACCUGAUGUCACGUGGGUGCUAAUAACAGACGCCCGCCUUAGCUACUGCGGUGAAGUCUCUGCUCACUGUAGGCACUGACCCUCGGUCGCUACGAUGCCCGACCACGAACGGCGAUCUCUGCACCGAGUGUGCGACUGUGUCAGCGGCGUCAACUGGCGCCCGACGCGGUUCGUCGACGAGCUGAUGCUGACCCGUUACGCCUGCUGCGUGUGUCACGUGAUUCCGAAUACCACCGUCGUGCUGCCCUGCUUUCACGCGCUGUGCGAAGACUGCCGGGCAGGUUGCGUCAUCGAACAUGGCGGAAGCCUGUGCCCACUGGACGGAAAACCGUUCAGCGGGGACGAGUGCGACAGUUGUCACCUGUCAGCUAAGAAAAAGCACAACCUGAAGGCUCACUGCUGGAACGAAGUCCACGGAUGCGAUUUUGUUGGCACCCUGGAGACCAUUCUGCGACACUUCGAGGCAGAGUGCGCCUUCCACGCCUUUCCGUGUCAACGAUGCGGCGAGAGCGUCCCGAACACCAAGCUUGCGGCCCACUACAUCGGCGGUUGCGGAAACGCAUUGUCAUCAGCGGCACAGGCCGGGUCCCCGCGACAAGGUGGCAACACCGUCGUCACUGCCAGUGACGUCACUGCAGCCGGGCGCGAAAUCGGAACAUCGGUGAGGUACACUUGUGAGGACGAGGUCACGGUGCUUCAGAGUCAGGUCAACGAACGCGCCGAGGCGGCCGGAAUGCAAAGCGCCACGCUCGCAUCUAGUAUAGAGGCGCUGAGUGCCAACGUUACGCUCGCCGCCGAGAAAUUAUCGGAGCUGUUCGGCGAGCACUCGCAGUUGCAACAGCGCCUGCUCGCUGGGGUAGCCGGGGAGAGUCGUGAGGCCGGAGAAGGUGGGGCGACUGACGCAGCCAGUUCUUCCGGCGGAAGUACGCGUAGUCGGCAGGGGACCGACCUCCUUCGAAAUUUGGAACACCUGGCUUGCGAGUCGGUCAUGUGCCUCCGAAGCUUACUGCAAGUCGCAAAGGGCGAUAACUAGCAACCGCUGCUUCAGUUGUUCCUGCUUCCGCCCAGAACAGACGAGGCGACGGAGGGUUGUGUCGACAGGUGCGCGUCAAACAGCGUAACAGUGAACGAAGUAGUCUAUCAUGCGCUUCUAUCAAACUUUUUGUGGACGGGUACCUGUUGCAGCAUCCCGAUACGGUUGCACAGGCGAGACGUGUGGUUUAGAGUGGCUGUCACCGCUGAAGUAAUUAAAGAACGCAUAAAAGUAUGGGGAAAAGUGGUCAAGAUCACUUGGAUUGCCAAGCCAGAAAAUAGCAAGCUUCCGCAAGUCGUUAGAGUAUCACUACUGGGCAGAGAAGGUUCUUGUGAUUUAAGUUUGCAGGCCGGGAGUGAAAAGUGUCAGCAAGUAUAUUUAUUGGAACGCUUGUGCCCCCCCUACUCCAGGGGGUUCUACAUAUUUGAAAUCGCCAUACGCGACUGAGUGACGGCGCCCGACUCAGACCACCACGAAUUGACUGUCCUUUGACGGAUUCGCAAGUCCUUCGUGCAAUCUACCACGGCUGCACUUUUCAUCAGAAUGAAAGCGUUUUAAUGCGAAAUUUUCUUCGACAACGCGUUUACCAUGUGUUCGAAAAAUCGUGAUUUCGUUUCAUUAACUACGGCAAGAGCUUUGACCGCGUGUUGGAAUUCCCGAGAAAAAAUAAACGUUCCUUUCGUUCACUGUA